GAACCGCCCCUUCCGUUUCGUGUCAGCCUAGCUGCUAGCAAAUACCUCAGCGGCCCCGCUGCAAUCUCUGCUCCUGAGCAUCAAGAGAGUCUGUUCCUAUCGAUUACUGAAGCUGGAAGGAAAAGGGGAUUGAAACCAUCAGGAUGAGGUGUCAUUGCCACGUCUGCAGCCUCCCUGGCAGGGUGCUGGGCAUCCGGGCCGCGCGCCUCUCGCUAGCCCUCGUCCUGGCCUUGCUGCUGGUGGCCGGGGCUCUGACCACCUUCCUCCCCAGUAACCGAGACGACGAGGUGCUGGAGCUGCGGAGGGCAGCAAAGCCCCAGGGCAGGCUGGUCCGGGACGCCUUCACUCUGGUCAUGCAGACGUACAACAGGACGGACCUGCUGCUGCGGCUGCUGAACCACUACCAGGCGCUGCCACGGCUGCACCGGGUGAUCGUGGUGUGGAACAACGUGGGGGAGAAGGCGCCCGAGGACGUGUGGAAUUCUCUGGGGCCGCACCCUGUCCCCGUGGUCUUCAAGCUGCAGACAACAAACAGGAUGAGAAAUCGGCUCCAGAACUUCCCGGAACUGGAGACCGAGGCGGUGCUAAUGGUAGAUGACGACAUGCUGAUCAGCGCCCAGGACAUUGCGUUCGCUUUCUCCGUUUGGCAGCAAUUUCCCGAUCAAAUUGUAGGAUUUGUUCCUAGAAAGCACGUCUCCACCUCGUCGGGCAUCUACAGUUACGGAGGCUUUGAGCUGCAGGCCCCAGGCCUUGGGGACGGUGACCAGUACUCCCUGGUGCUGAUCGGGGCCUCCUUCUUCAGCCGCAAGUACCUGGACCUCUUCCAGAGGCAGCCCACAGCCGUCCACGCCCUGAUUGACGAGACGCAGAACUGCGACGACAUUGCCAUGAACUUCCUCGUCGCCAAGCACAUCGGCAGGGCUUCGGGGGUGUUUGUGAAACCCGUGAACAUGGGCAGUUUGGAAAAGGAAAGCACCGGGGGCCACUCGGGAAUGUGGCACCGAGCCGAGCACUUUCUGCAGAGGUCCUACUGCCUCAACAAGCUCGUGGCCAUCUACGACGGCAUGCCCUUGACCUACUCCAACAUCAUGAUCUCUCAGUUUGGCUUCCCGUACGCCAACCACAAAAGCAAAGCGUGAAAGUCCAGCAGAAGCAGACCUUACAACUACUCAGCAUCUGAGCAGCUCCUCGUGGUUGACUGUUUUGUAUUUUUAAGCAACACGAUGCACUUUUAUCCAAAGUUCAACGAAGGAAAAAAACGUACAGUGGUUCUAGGAUAGAAAAGUCACAUGAACUUCAAAAACCAAGGAGCUGGGGGAUCUUCUUGCAAGGGGUCUUCAUCCAGAAAUAUAACUCCUAGCUGGGCAGCUUGAUCGUUUGCGUGCGGAGACAGUCCUUUGAUUUCUCGGACUCCCGGCCUUUGCCUUGAGGACCCGGAGCAAGCUGUUUACAGGGUCGUAACCUGCAGGGAAGCGCUUCUCCGCUUUCUCCUUGAAGGAUGCUCACUUUCACUGGAACCCUGAAGUGCCCCUUUGUAACAGCCAUGUGAGGAGAGACUGGUCUCGCUCCCGUAUCAGAGCCGAGACUCGGUGCUUCCCCGCGGCCCUCCCGACCGGCCCGGCCCAGUUUCGAUGCAGCCCCAUGCUUUUCUCUGUCCCUCAGUCUGUCGUGACUGUGAGGCUCCGUUUAACAGAUGGAAAACGUCCAGUGUUGUGCUUGGUCUUCCUGGGCAUUGACUGCGUGGGUCACUGGGAAGGGCAGCUGAUGAUUUUAUGCAACUCACUGCUCAACUGGGUUCAAGUAGUGCAUCUUUGUCCCUGAAUCGGACCUUGAGAUUGCACAUUAGUCCUUAUGUCUUCCAUAACAUGUGUAUUGUUUAAGAAAUGUGUACAAAAUAACAUCUGAGGGAAUGUUGAGUGAGAACUGGCAAAAUUAAAACCCUUAGUACCAAAGGAUCUUUAUUUUGGGGACAUAGGUUAUCUCUUGGAUGCUAAAGAGUUGUGUGUAGUAUACACACAGUCGAUUCCUGGCAUUCAGAACUCCCCCCCCCCA